CCAGAUGAUGGCUCAGGAGGUUCAGGAGGAGGAAUUAUUUCGCAAGGUUAUUGGGUAGAUGGAAAAUAUAAUGGCGAAAGAUUGGCAAAUUCUUCUUUUGGCUUCAGUUUUGGAUAUGGAGAAUCUGCACGACAAUAUUCAUCAUUACAUGAGCACGGUGUUAAAUCUGCGGAUGGUACAAGUGACCGUCCAGGUGCAGGAGCUGGUUGGUUUGGCGGUUUUGCAGGAUUGAAUAGAAAUGGAGGUUCAGGAGGAGGAAGUUCAUGGGCACUAACUAAAGCAUUAGAUUACCCCAGUGGAAAUAUCACAGUCUACGAUAGUUUUUAUAAAAAUAUUGGUAGUCAACCAUAUGCAUUCAACUCUAGUGAUGGUUAUUUCUUCAAUGAUAUUCGAAACUAUGCUGGUAUUUGGGAAGGCAACGGACAACUCAUUUUAACAAUUCUCGACACUUUGAAAUGUCCCACUUUCUAUUCAUCAUAUAUCCCUUCUUCAAUAUUAUUCACUUUUAUCAUUUUAGGAUUAAACUAA